UUGGCAGGCGGUUUCGGCCGCUGGCCGGGCGGGGGCGCCGCAGCCGGGCGCGGGGAGCCGGGCGGGAGCGGCGGGGCCCCUCUUGCCGCCGCUCGGCCGCCGUGCUCGGGGAGGAGGGCCUUAGGCCGGCGGGCGGCCAAUCCGGGCGGGCUCUGGCGGCGAGCAGGGCAGAAUGGGCUGUAGUUUAGUGGAAUAGGAAAGCUGCAAACAGUGUGGAGUGUUCCUGGUGUAAAUAAAAGGGGGGGGGGAAGAAAAAAAGUUUCUGCAAGUCGUGGCUCUGCAUCCUCGCUCCGACCCUGGCCCGGGGGCUGGUGCGUGGCGAACAACCAACACGCUGGACUCGGCGGUGCGGCGUUAGCACGCUCUUCCCAUUGUUUGUGUUUUUUUCAAAAUAUGGCAAAGGUUCAGGUGAACAAUGUAGUGGUGUUGGAUAACCCGUCUCCUUUCUACAACCCUUUCCAGUUCGAGAUCACAUUCGAGUGCAUAGAAGACCUGUCGGAAGAUUUGGAAUGGAAAAUAAUUUAUGUGGGUUCAGCUGAAAGUGAAGAGUACGAUCAAGUGUUAGACUCUGUUUUAGUAGGACCUGUUCCUGCAGGCAGACACAUGUUUGUAUUUCAGGCUGAUGCACCUAACCCAGGGCUUAUUCCAGAUGCAGAUGCAGUAGGUGUAACAGUUGUGCUAAUUACAUGCACCUAUCGAGGUCAAGAAUUUAUUAGAGUCGGCUACUAUGUAAACAAUGAAUAUACUGAAACAGAACUGAGAGAGAAUCCACCAGUAAAGCCAGAUUUUUCUAAGCUUCAAAGGAAUAUUUUGGCAUCUAAUCCCAGAGUCACAAGAUUCCACAUUAACUGGGAGGACAACACUGAAAAACUGGAAGAUGCAGAGAGCAGUAACCCAAAUCUACAGUCGCUGCUUUCUACAGAUGCAUUACCUUCAGCAUCAAAGGGGUGGUCGACAUCAGAAAAUUCAUUAAAUGUUAUGUUAGAAUCUCAUAUGGACUGCAUGUGACUAACCACCAUUAUUUUGGUACUGUACAUGUGUUAAACUGUAAAAACAACCAGAACUAUUUCUCUCAAAUUCCAUAAGUACAUAGUUGACAAGCAAUGUGAAGAACUUGUUUUAAAACAUCCUGUAGAAAGUUUAUAAAAAAAACCCAAAAAACAACCAAACAGUAUUUGAGCAAAUUGUGGAAUAUAAAUACAGCUAUUUUUAAGUAA